AUGGCGAAAAAGCAUGAAAAAAGGCCGGUUGUAUUGCCAAACAGUAAAUUCAAAGGAUCUUCUUCAAAAGAUCUGCUGUGCGAGCACAGAGAUAGUGAUGAUAGUGAAGAUGACACCAGUGCAGACUCUCAAGAUGAAUUAGAAAGCUUCUCUGAUAUCGAUGAUCGUGAGAUUGAUCGGUACCUUUUCAAUGAGGAAGAGAAGAAUUACAAGAAGAAAAUAUGGGAAAACACGAACCGCGAGUAUCUUUUGGAGCAAGUAGCCAAGGAAUUAGCUGCAUCAAUGCCAAAAUCCAGAAAGGGAAUGAAGCAGAGACAAACUCAACAAGCAAAAAAUCCAGAGCCUGCUCAAUCUGCUGCAGUGGCCACUUGCCAAACGGUGAAAACAAAGAGGCUCAGUAACAAAGUCAAUCACGAUUGCCUGGCAAAGUUAUUUGAAGACGAACCAGCAGGUGAACGUAAUCCCAAGAGAGUACGAUUUGAUCUACCUUCGGAUAAUCAGUCUAAGGUUGAUGACGACCAAGAGGAUGAUGAGCUGGGAUCAGAGAAUUAUAACGAGGAUGGUGACAAAGAUUGGUAUAAUAAUGAAAAUAUGGAUGAUGCAUAUUACCCUGAUGAAGAUGGUUAUAAUUAUUAUGAUGAAGAUCAUUACUGA